AUGGGGCUCUCACAGCGAUUUGAGAUUCUGGACCGUCGGAUCUUCUCAGCUGGUGUAUCUGGUCCGUUGGAUGUUGGUCUCAGCGAGCGUGCUGGUUGGUUGCAUCGUGCACAAGUGGGUCUGACAUCGCUAGCUUUAGACAUGCAAUGGCUGGGUCGUACCCGCCUUACUCUGCUCGUGGACCACACCGUCGUCCGGACCCAGCUGUCUGUUCCUGCGGGUGGAAUUUGUUCUGGUCAAGUUUGCUGCCGGCUCCUUCCAAAUAUCUCAGCUACCGGGGGUAGUUUGGACAUUGCCUCGCGCGUCGUUUCGGCCGGGGAGUGCGCUCGCCCCGUUGUCGUCGCCGCAUUUGUCCACGGCGAACUCUGCCUGGGAGAAAGCUCCCGGCUGGUGAGUGCGCUUCCUCUUUUUAGUGCGCCGGUGCCGGUCCUCCCUGCCCACCCACUUCACUUCCCCCCGCGCCGUUCUCGCUUCGCCCACGCUGCCCUCUCCUCCUCGUCUCGUCCGCCGGGCCUCCGCGCCGUACAUCGACCGCCCACCGUCCUCGUGCCUACCGCUUGUUCCGCGUCGCCGACGGCCGCCGGCGUUGCUCCAUGGCGGCGUUCUACCGUGAGCUCGGUUGAGGUGAGCUCCGUCUCUUCCCCUCUUCUGCGACGCGGCGGAUUGAUCCGAGGUUUGUUCCCGAUUUCUUCUGUCCGACCGUUUCUUCCCUGGCGUCGUCUUCGUGCGUGGGGUUGCGGCGGCUGCUUCAGCUGGGCUGCUGCUCGAUUCUGCUGCUCCUGCUGUCGGUGAUUUGUUGCUGUGAGCUGUUGUUGGAACUGCAUCUGACUUGUUGCUGGAACUUGUUCUUCCUCAGGUACUGAUCUCUGCUUGUCUUGUAUUAGUACGUGCUUAUCUCUUUUAUGUACAGUGCAAUGUUCCUUUUUUAACUUAAUUCUACUGCAAUGUUCCUAAUAAAAGUGUUCCCUCUGUGUUUUUCCCUUUGCUUUCAUGUGUGUGUCUCCUUGCAUUCAUUUACUUUGUGGCACAAGAUGUUCGUCAUCUCGUAUUCCCCUCUGCAUUUGUUGGAGUUGGUUGCUUCCCACUGUCGGUUAUCGUACCAUGCCUACCUACGCGAGGUGGGCAGCGAUGGUUCCGUCCUUGGAGGCGUGGAGCUUGAGAUUGCUGUUGUCCGCGAGGGAGCCGCGCCCACCCGUUUUUUCUUUUGGUCUGUUGCGUCAUCUGGUUCACCCUGUCCAUUCGAGGAAUCGGCCUUGCAGGCCAUUCGCUUCUUGCAACGUCUGUAUGGGUUUGUCAUCCGUGAUUUCAACUAUGAGAGUAUGCAGGCCUAUAGGGACCUCGCACGUUCUGCUAUUAUUCUUGCAGUGUCAGUGCUUCGGGUGGGUGGUGUUGUGUCUCCUGUUAGUGCUACUGGUUGUGUACGUCCUCCUGCUGAGUUAAUGUGUUACGAGCUGAUGUGUAACCAGCUAAUAUCUUCGGU